ACCUUCACUGUGCUUCCCCUUUCACUCUCAGAUGCGGCCAGGGUCCCCGAAGAAGGAGGACACGAGGAAACAGGUUCCUGCCUAGACACAACACCAUGCAUCUCCUCGGCCCCUCGCUCCUGCUCCUUGAAUACUUGGCCUUCUCUGACUCAUCUAAAUGGAGGGUUGAGCACCCCCACACUCUCUACAGCUGGGAGGGGGCCUGCGUCUGGAUUCCCUGUACCUACACAGUUCACUCCACGAGUAAAGAUGAGCUGGAAGAACUGAUCGUGUACAGAAACUAUAAAUAUGAUGAAGCCACCAAGAACUUCGAGGGGCUCAUUCUGUAUAAUGACACAAAGCCUUGGAAGCGUCCUGAUCCCCUGGAGAGGGUUCAGUUCCUGGGAGACCAAAGAUCCAACUGCACCAUACACAUCAACCCUGUACUGGGAGAAGACAAUGGCUGGCUGGGGCUGAGGAUGAUAAAGAAGAAUUCCAAAUGGAUGGAGAAAAUAGACCUCAAUGUCUCUAAGACCCCGCUUCCACUUCAAAUUCAGCUCCCUCCAGAAAUCCAGGAGUUCCGGGAAGUCACUCUGACCUGCUUGCUGAAUUUCUCCUGCCCUGGGUACAAUAUCCAGCUGCAGUGGUCCCUGGAAGGGGACCCUGGAGGGUCCCUGAAGGAGCGUGCCAUCACCUUGACCUCCCUGACCACCAAGACUAUCUCCACCCAGAGCAAGCUCACCUUCCAGCCGCGGUGGAUGCACCACGGCAAGAAUCUGACGUGCCAGCUCUGGGACCGCAAAGCAGAGCAGAUGCUCUCCAAGGAAACGGUGUUGCUAGAUGUGAAGCAUGUCCCAAAGUUGAAGAUUGAGGGCAGUCCCAAAGGAGCCAAUGUAACAGAGGGAGAGUCUGUGACCAUGACAUGCCAGGUCAUUAGCAGCAACCCAGAGGCCCGGAACAUAGGCUGGAUCAAAGACGGCACCCAGCUGAGGGAGCAGACGACAUCCACGCUCACUCUGUUCUCUGUGACCAAGAAGAUGAGUGGAAAGUACCAGUGUGAGGCCUUCAAUGAUGUAGGCUCAGGACAGUCGGAUGCAGUGGUCCUCCAAGUGUAUUAUGCUCCAGAACCUUCCAGGGUUGAGAUCUUCUCCUCGCCAGCUAAAGAGGGGGAUAAAGUAGAGAUGACUUGUAUGUCACUGGCCAAUCCUCCUCCAACCAAUUACACCUGGUAUCACAACGGAGUGGCAGUGCCGGGAAGGACAAGCAAGAGCUUCCAGAUCCCAGCGGUCCUCCUCAGCCAAGCUGGGAAGUACUCAUGCAUGGCAGAAAACAGACUUGGUCCUAGUCAAAUUGGCCAGGAGACUGAGUUAGAUGUCCAGUAUGCUCCCAAGGAGGUAACCACGGUGAUUGAAAACCCCACGCGGAUUCAAGAAGGAGAUACUGUGACCCUGUCCUGUAACUACAGUUCCAGCAAUCCCGGAGUUACCCAAUAUGUAUGGGACUUCCAAGGCUCUCAGAUGAAACAACCAGACGAGGUGCUGAUAAUUCAAAAAGUUGCCUGGGACACCAGGCCAAUCACCUGUGCAGCCUGUAACCAGUGGUGUUCGUGGGCUCCCAUUGUCAACCUGGAUGUCCAGUAUGCACCCAAGGAUGUCAGGGUCCAGCAGAUCAUCCCCUCCUCUGAGAUUCACUCCGGGAACCGAGUCCGCCUUGAAUGUAACUUCUCAAGUAGCCGCCCCAGAGACGUCCGCUUCUUCUGGAAGAAAAAUGGAAUCUUUCUGAAGGAAGGAAAAGAACUGAGCUUCGACUCCGUCUCUCCAGAAGAUGCUGGCAAUUACAACUGCUUUGUCAACAACUCCAUAGGUCAGACCAUGUCUGAGGCCAGGACGCUCCAAGUGCUGUAUGCACCAAGGAUGCUGCGUGUGGCCAUCAGCCCGAAGGACCAGGUGAUGGAGGGGAAGAAGGCCGUCCUGACAUGUGAGAGCGAUGCCAACCCUCCGGUCUUCCUGUACACCUGGUUUGACUGGAAGAACCAAAACCUCCACCAUUAUGAUCAGAUGCUGAGAUUGGAUCCCGUGAAGAUCCAGCACUCAGGUGCCUACCGGUGCGAGGCCACCAACAAGCUGGGCAGGGUCCAGUCGCCCCCCAGUACCCUCACUGUCUACUACAGCCCAGAGACCAUCGGCAGGCGAGUGGCCGUCGGAGUGGGGUUCUGCCUGGCCACCCUCCUCCUGGCGUUCUGGGGAGUCAAGCUUCAGCGAAGCUGGAAGAGGAUACGGAGCCAGCAGGGGCUCCAGGAAAAUUCCAGUGGCCAGAGCUUCUUUGUGAGGAAGCAAAAGGUUAGAAGGGCCCCCCUCUCCGAAGAGCCCCACCCCCUGGGGUGCUACAAUCCUGUGAUGGAAGAUGCCAUCAGUUAUGCUGCCUUGCGCUUUCCUGUCAGCGACAAUGACACACCAAGAACUGGAGAUGCAAGGACCCUGGAGACAGAGAGACCUUCUCCAAACACGGAUGACACCGUCACUUACUCUGUCUUGAAGAAGUGUCGAGUGGGCGACUAUGAGAACGUGCUUCCGGACAGUCCAGAAGAUGAGGGGAUACACUACUCAGAGCUGGUUCAUCUCGGGGUCGGGGAGCGGCCUUUGGCCCAGGAAGCUGUGGAAUACGUGACCCUCAAGCACUGAGGGGCCACACCCACUGGAGCAGAGGCACCGAGG